AAAUUGGUAUCUCCCCAAGAAUAUUUUGAAGUUUGGCGGGAAACACAGUGCACAGUCAGUCUCAGUCAAGACGAGAGAAGAAGGAAGGUGCGGUGCCGUCUUGCGAAAUAAAAUUCUUCAAACUCUGCUUUAGGGACAGCUAGUACUCCUCCAACUUCAGUAGCCAGCAUAGUGUCUUGCCCAGACCUUAGACAUGGCAGUAGCAACCAAGAUGAGGUCUCAGGAGAAGACUGGGAAUUGGAAUGCAAUCUUCCCAACUGACCAAGUCACAGAGCAGCUCUCCACCCUGUUUGUGAAGAAACUACUGGCCGUAGCUGUCUCCAACAUAACCUACCUGCGAAUGAUCUUUCCUGAACAUGCCUUUGGGGACAGAUGCCUCGAAGAUUUGAACCUGAAGAUCCUUCGUGAUGACAGUGCCUGUCCUGGAGCCUGCCAGGUCAUCAAGUGGGUUAAAGGAUGUUUUGAUGCCCUGGACAAGAAAUAUCUGCGGUGCCUGAUCAUUGGGAUUUAUGAAGACCCUACAGAUCCAGAGACUGUGAUUGAAUCCUACACUUUCAAGUUUGCCUACAACAACCAGGGUGUUACCAUCUACAGGAAUGAGAAGCAGUUGGCAUCAGCCUACAGCGCUGCGGAGACCAAGAAAGCCACCAUGCAGCUGUUACGCACCAUUGUGGUGCUGACCCAGUCUCUCAAGGCCCUGCCCGAUGAUGUCAUGAUGACCAUGAAACUGCUCUACUAUGAUGAUGUGACCCCCUCAGACUACCAGCCCCCUGGUUUUAAGCCUGCGGACUUGGAAGGUUUCCUGUACAACUGUGAGCCCAUGAACAUCAAGGUGGGGGAUGUGUCCACACAGUGGCACACCGUCAAGCUGCGCAUCAAAACGGACAGCUCACAGUUUGAGGUGAGAGAUGAGCCAGGUUUGCCGGCAGGUACAGAGCUUGCUGAGACUGAGGAUGGCAACAGUAUGCAGGGAGGUGCCGCCAUCUCUACUGCAGGGCUAGAUGGGGAAGACACAGAGGAUCCUAUGGAUGUGGAGACGCAGGGAAAGCCAGCCGAGUCAGCGAAACCAACAAAACAAAAGUCGUCUUCACCCAAGCAGCGCCUGACUCCCAAGGAGUGCAAAGAUGUGCCAAACCAAGCACCCCAUAAGACUCCAGAGUCGGCCAGUCGGCCCUCAGGCUCCCAGCAGGACCAGGAAGAAGAGGACAUGGGUGUGCGCUGUCCCUGUGGGUGUAACGAGGACGACGGACUCAUGAUCCUGUGUGCCAUCUGCGACUUCUGGCAGCACGGAGUCUGCUUCAAGGUCAUCCGGGAGGAGGACGCGCCGGAGAGACACAUCUGUGACGUCUGUGCAGACACGGCUGUCCCAGACAAGUAUCCAACAGACCUCUACCUGGCUAGUCUCUCUCCAGUCAAAGUACAGGCCACCUGUCUGUGGAGGCGUGCCCUGCUGGCCUGUACGGAGGCCCCUCGGCUCCUGAUUCCCAGCUUUGCCAGGAGACUGGGCGUUGAGAUGAACGUGGCUCACGGGCUCGUCAACCGGCUGGAGAAGGAAGGAUUCGUCAAAAAUGCGGCCAGGGGGAAAAGGCUUGGCAAGACAGUGGAUAAGGAGAUGGUCACAACUGAAGGCUUCAGUAAAUACUUCAGCCACACUGAGCCAGUGAAGAACACAGACAGUCAGACUCAAAGUGGUCCCACCAAGGUCCCAGAGAAGGAUGAGACUCCUGUGAGAGCAAAGGCCACAGGAGACCAUGAGGUAGAUGCGAUUGUGUCGCAGGCAUCCCAUCUGCAGCUGUCCCCCACUGCUGCCUCAGGGGACAAACCUGCCAACCGGAAACUUCAGCUCAGUCCAGAGCCAAGUAGAAGGUCCAGUAAAAGGGAUCGCAAGAGCAGAGACACCUCUCAUGACAGCAUGGACAUCUCUUCUCCUAAAACACGGGGCAGGAAGAGAGUCUUCUCCCAGGCCAACAAGGAUGAGGAGUUUGAGAUCAGCUGUAGCCAGGACACAGAGUCCACCCAGACACAGGCAACAAGAAGCAGCAAACGUCGCAAGGCUAGUGUGACUGAGCGGGCCAUCAUGGUGUGAUGCCACCUGGCACAUCAGCAAAGUACUGCAGUCAACAAGCACACAACAAAAGCAAAGUCAUGCUUUAUUCCACAUCUGUGAGGCUCUGCAUCUUCACAAAAACUCUUUGACCAUUACUUCAAGAUUAGACUGGAGCAAGUUGAUGUUGAAUGUAAAACUUUAGUUUGUUGCUGUUUUGAAGGAGUUGAAGACAUUGUGUAUUCAACUUGGUUGAACAACCAACAAUGAAAUUAAAAGUUCACAGAAGAAAAAUGAGGUUUUGUUAGAGAUCUAGUUUACAAAGAGUAUGUGUGCGAAGCCUAGCCAAGAGAGAAAGUUUACAAAGACUACCUUGUAUAAACUGUUAUGGGAAGAGUUUACUUCUUUGUUGGUCAGUCACAUGCAUUACAUGCUAGUAUCUCGAGUUAAACUCCCCAAUACUUGUGUUAAUAUAUUGUUGUAAAUAUUCCUAUUCUUAGACUUCCUUCAUGUUCUUGUGCUGCAUGGAACAGUCAUGUAUUUAUUAGACAGAUGUCGCUUAGCUAUGUACCCAUGUUUAAUACAUGUUAAAUGUUACAUUUUAAUUAACUAUCAAGUUUUCCUAACUUAUCAGAAAGAUUAAGUUAUAUUACAUAGAAUUGAUGAGAUAUGAUAUGUGACAUUGGCUGUUAAGAUAUGGUAAAAAGUUAUGUAUGAUUGAUUAAAGAUGUUUGUUUAAAAGGA